AUGGUUUAUGCCCUGAUCAUUAUCGUGUCAAAUCCAAACCAACAGUUAACAACAUUCUGUGGAUCACCUGCUUAUGCUGCUCCAGAAUUAUUUCAAUCUCAAUCUUAUCGUGGUGGACCAGUAGACAUGUGGGCUCUUGGUAUUGUCUUAUUCUUCAUGCUGACUGGUUUGCUGCCAUUUCGGGGUUCAACUGUUGGACAAGUAAGACGAUUAGUACUAGACAAUUGUGGUUUACAACCACCGGACAGUUUAUCACCAGCUGCAGCUGAUCUGUAUCGUAACUUGACAGCUCGUUCGCCUGAUAUGCGUCCUACAACCUCACAACUGAUUAAAUAUGCACAAUAUGCUAGGAAAGAUUUAUCAACCAUUGAAAUCUCUUUACGUCAACGUUCAACAUGGACUAGUUGGUUGGCUGGUCAAACAUUUCCUAAACCAUUGCCUCGGUUCAAACAUUGUCCUCCGCUUCCUUCAACUCUUAGAGCUCAACAGAAAUCAUCACCGCCACGACCAUCAACAUCAUCUGAAAGUAAAUCAGCCAGUAAUCAAAUUGACCAAAAACUAUCAGUUCAUCAAAACUCUUCUUCAACUACUAAUCAUCAAAUGCUUAAUUCAACAGAAACACUUACAUCUUCACUAGUCAAUAAUCAAUCAGUAAAUACUACUAAUCAUAACCAGAAUAAAUCAGUAGUCUGUGAAAAUAAUCGAAAAUUACGUAAGAAACUAUCAAAAUGUCAAACUAUAACAAAAGAUUCAUUAGAUAAUGAUGAAGUAGAAGCAGCUAACCUGCUACUUAAUUUGGGUAUAACACCUGAAGAAAUACAAAGUUCGCAUAAUUAUGAGUCAAGAAGUGCUGUAACUGGAGCAUAUCGUAUUAUGCUGCAUAAAAUUCAUCGAUCACGACGUCUUAGUCGACUGGAUCAAGUGAUAAAUACGCUUGGUAACAAUGAGAAUUAUAAUCCAACUAAGUUUACUGCCACUCUACCUACAAUUAAAAGUUCAACAUCUAUAACAACACGUCAGAAUAUUCAUGAAACUCCUGUGGACACUUCCACUGUUAAUGUAGCUGAUAAUCAGAAUACUGAGAAAACAAAAGAUCAAGUUAAAUUUCAUACAUUACCACGUUUAAAACAGAUCAGUCAACCUUCAGUAAAACAAUCUAAUCCUUCAUCAUUCGAUCAAUCCAAAAAAAAGUUACAUCAGAAAUCACAAGAAAAAUCACAAAGUAAAUUAUGUCACUUGAUAUAA